AAUGCACCGGGCCUGGGGCUGGAGUCCUCCUCUUUCGUGGCAGGCACAAGUUGCGGAUCUCUCCAUGCACAGGCUCCCAGGGGGUGGAGCCGAUGUACUGCAUCCGCUUUGUGCCCUUUCUUCCAGGUGCCCUGUGCCGUGAUGCAGCGAAGGAGGCUCCUCUCCAGUGGCAGUUGGUGAUUCGAUUUCAGGAUUUGAUUUGCCGUAUUUGGCUCCGGGCUCUUGGCCCUGCGCUGGCGGCUGGCGCGUCGGCGGCGGCCACGGUGCCUCGACACGAGGUGCCCGGCAUCAUUCAUCGGUUGCAGAUGGGGCUGCUGGACGCAGCGGACCUGCUGAAGUCGGUGGUGGCGGCGAUGCAGAGGCCGCAACUGCAGCUUCCGCCGCCACCCGUCAUCCCAGCGCUGAUGGGCGGCGUCUGA